CAUAACACACUGUGAUGAGUAAGUUGAAUAGUGCAUGGACAAACACCAUGAUGCUGCUCAUGAAAUUAUCGAGACAAUUCGGUGGGUCUGUGAAGAAAUCCCAGAUCUCAAGCUUGCUAUGGAAAAUUAUGUUUUAAUUGACUAUGAUACAAAAAGCUUUGAAAGCAUGCAGAGGCUUUGUGACAAAUACAACCGAGCCAUUGAUAGCAUUCAUCAGUUGUGGAAGGGAACCACCCAGCCCAUGAAACUGAACACUCGUCCCUCCAAUGGGCUCCUCCGUCAUAUCCUGCAGCAAGUAUAUAACCACUCAGUGACUGAUCCAGAGAAACUCAACAACUAUGAGCCCUUUUCCCCAGAGGUUUAUGGAGAAACUUCCUUUGACUUAGUAGCCCAAAUGAUAGAUGAAAUUAAAAUGACAGAGGAUGAUUUGUUUGUUGACUUGGGCAGUGGUGUGGGUCAGGUUGUGCUUCAGGUGGCUGCAGCCACAAACUGCAAACAUCACUAUGGUGUGGAGAAAGCUGAUAUUCCAGCCAAAUAUGCUGAGACGAUGGACAGAGAGUUCAGAAAGUGGAUGAAAUGGUAUGGGAAAAAACAUGCAGAAUACACACUGGAAAGAGGUGACUUCCUCUCAGAAGAGUGGAGAGAGAGAAUUGCAAACACAAGUGUUAUUUUUGUGAAUAAUUUUGCCUUUGGUCCUGAGGUGGAUCACCAACUGAAGGAGCGAUUUGCGAACAUGAAGGAAGGUGGGAGAAUUGUGUCCUCAAAACCUUUUGCACCUCUGAAUUUUAGAAUAAACAGUCGAAACUUGAGCGAUAUUGGCACUAUAAUGAGAGUUGUGGAGCUAUCACCACUGAAAGGGUCUGUGUCAUGGACCGGGAAACCAGUUUCUUACUACCUGCAUACUAUUGACCGAACCAUACUUGAAAACUAUUUUUCUAGUCUCAAAAAUCCAAAACUCAGGGAGGAACAAGAGGCAGCUAGACGUCGUCAACAAAGAGAAAAUAAGAGCAACACAACUACUCCAACGAAGGUUCAAGAAAACAAGGAUUCUGGUGCUGAAGAAGAAAAGGCUGGGGCAAAUUCAGUUAAAAAGCCAUCUCCCUCCAAAGCACGUAAGAAAAAGCUGAGUAAAAAAGGAAGGAAAAUGGCAGGCAGGAAACGAGGACGUCCCAAGAAAAUGAACACUGCAAACACAGAGCGCAAGACCAAGAAGAACCAAACUGCACUAGAACUUCUGCAUGCUCAAACUGUGUCACAAACAUCUUCAUCCUCUCCUCAGGAUGCAUACAAGUCACCUCAUAGUCCAUAUUACCAACUACCUCCUAAAGUGCAACGGCAUUCAUCUAACCAGCUACUGGUGACACCCACCCCACCUGCACUACAGAAGCUGCUAGACUCUUUUAAGAUCCAGUACAUGCAGUUCAUGGCGUACAUGAAGACUCCUCAGUAUAAAGCAAGUCUGCAACAGUUACUGGAGCAGGAAAAGGAAAAGAAUGCUCAGCUACUGGGGACAGCACAGCAGUUAUUCACCCACUGCCAGGCACAGAAAGAGGAAAUAAAACGUCUUUUUCAACAGAAACUUGAUGAGUUGGGAGUUAAAGCUCUGACUUACAAUGACCUGAUUCAGGCUCAGAAGGAGAUCUCUGCUCACAAUCAGCAACUGAAAGAACAGACGAAACAGCUGGAAAAGGAUAACAGCGAACUCAGGAACCAGAGCUUACAGCUGCUGAAGGCACGAUGUGAAGAACUGAAGCUGGAUUGGUCAACACUGUCGCUGGAGAACUUGCUGAAGGAGAAGCAGGCCUUGAAGAAUCAGAUUUCUGAGAAACAAAAGCACUGUUUGGAAUUGCAGAUCAGCAUUGUGGAACUUGAGAAGAGUCAAAGACAGCAGGAGCUCAUGCAGCUGAAAUCAUAUACACCAUCUGAUGAGUCACUGUCAGUACAGCUACGCAAUAAAAAUCAUUUGAGCCGUGAUCCUGAGGCUGAUCAUGGCAGGUUCCAACUUGAGCUUGAAUGCUCUAAGUUUCCUAUGCCCCACAUCAAUGGCAUGAGCCCUGAACUGUCCAUGAAUGGCCAUGCUACUCCCUAUGAAAUUCAUAACACUUUUAGCAGGCCUUCCUCCAAGCAGAACACCCCUCAGUACACAACCUCUCAUCUGGACCAAGAAAUAGUUCCAUGUACUCCAAACCACAACAGCAGACAGAAGGCAGACAAGAUGACAAGCUUGUCCUUACCCGAUUACACCAGGUUUUCCCCAGCUAAAAUAGCACUAAGGAGACACUUGAAUCAGGACCAUGCAGUCAAUGGAAAGGCAACAACUAAUGAGAUACAGAGAGUUGACCACGUGAAAGAGAAUGGCCUUACAUAUCCAAGCCCUGGUAUUUCAAAUGGCAUAAAGCUGAGUCCUCAGGAAACUCGGCCCUCUUCCCCAGGGGCCUUACCCAUUGCAGGCGAGAAGGUUUUGAGAGAGAGAACCUCUGUGAGUAAUGGAGAAACUAUCACCAGCCUACCUAUCAGUAUUCCUCUCAGCACAGUGCAGCCCAAUAAACUCCCUGUUAGUAUCCCUCUGGCCAGCGUAGUCCUACCUAGCCGUGUUGAGAAGGUGAGAAGCACACCUAGCCCAGUUCAUCAGAGCAGAGACUCAUCAACACUUGAAAAGCAGAUUGGUGCUAGUUCUCAUAACGGCGUAAGCAAUGCUGCUGGAAACAAGCCACUGGCUUUGGCUACCUCAGGUUUUUCUUACUCUUCUGGCUCCGUGGCAGUCAAUGGAACUCUUUCAAACAGCCCAGCCCAUCUUAACCAUAGUGUUGAUCAGGCAGCUCUGGACGACUCUGGGAGUCUGUUUAACUCAGUAGGGUCUCGGAGUUCCACUCCACAACAUCCUUUGCUAAUGAUGCAGUCAAGGAACUCUGGGCAAAACUCCCCUGCUCACCAGCACUCAACAAGCCCCAGGUUAAAUGGCACCUCCCAGAGCCUGGUAGGGGUAUUGCAAUAUGCAGAUGCUCAGAAGAUAUUUGCCGAAGGAACAAAGGGGGAUCUUCAGUCUGAUGCAGCGUUUUCAGAUCCUGAGAACGAGGCCAAGAGAAGAAUCAUCUUUACAAUCUCUCCUAAUACAGGACAUGUAAAACAAUCCCCUUCCAACAAGCACAGUCCUCUGCCCUCGAGCGCUCGGCUGGACUGUGGCCAAGCACAUGUGCAGGAUGGGAAGAAGCGAGGUCGGCGGAAGAGAUCCUCUACUGGGAACCUCAGCGGGAGCUCCGGGGUCUCCCCUAAACGCAAAUCCUUACCUACUGUGUCAGGACUCUUUACGCAACCAUCAGGUUCACCACUCAAUAUUAACUCCAUGGUCAAUAACAUUAACCAGCCUUUAGAAAUAACAGCCAUUUCCUCUCCUGAAAACUCCCUGAAGAACUCUCCUGUUCCUUACCAGGACAAUGACCAGCCCCCAGUAUUGAAAAAGGAAAAGCCACUCAUUCAGACCAAUGGUGUUCAUUACUCUCCUCUAACAUCAGAUGAAGAGCAGGGAUCUGAAGAUGAGCACAAUAGCACCAGAAUUGAGAGGAAAAUUGCAACAAUAUCAUUGGAGAGCAAAUCCCCACAGAAGACUGUUGAAAAUGGCGGCAGUUUACCUGGGAGGAAACAAGCACAAACCACUGAGAACAUAAAUAGCAGUAAAUGGAAAUCUACGUUUUCACCAAUAUCUGACAUCAACCUGACCAAAACUACAGAUAGUCCCUUGCAGUCUGUUUCAUCUCUGAGCCAGAAUUCGCUGUUUGCCUUUAGGCCGUCCUCUGAGGAUAGCCUAGCCAUUGACUCCAAGAUCACAGCACAUGCGAGGAAAAGCAUUGCCAUGCCCUCCUCUGGGGCAGAUGGGCUCAGCCCUAGUACAAACUCCACUAAUGGAUUCACGUACAAUGGUGGACUGUCAACAGAUAUUGGUUUACACAGCUUUAUCGAUGGUGCUUCUCUUCCGCAUAAGACUUCAGAUGUGACAACUUCCAACUGCUCCCUGAGUUUUCAGUCACAGCGAAGCAAAGAUGUGGGGGUAUCGGAAACAAACCCUUUUUUGAACAAGAGGCAACUUGAAGGCCUCAGCAGCACGAAAGGAGAAGACUUAAAUCGGUCAGGGGUCAAAAACAAAGAGAUCAGCGAAAUAAGUAUUCGUACUGGGGGAUCUUCAGAAAAAAACUCUUUGCAGCAUAACGGAAAGGUUGGCAAAGGAAGGGACCGAGAUGUGGAGUUUAAAAACGGCCACAACCUUUUCAUUUCUGCUGCUGUUUCAUCUGGUGGCCUUCUGAAUGGUAAAAGCCUUUCCACUGCUGUUUCUUCAGCAGGCAACGCAGCAUCUUCUGUUCAGCCGCACCAUCCUUUCCUAAACACUUUGACCACUGGAUCACAGUUCCCCCUUGGUCCCAUGGCCUUGCAAGCAAACCUCAACUCGGUGACAAACUCCUCAGUAUUGCAGUCCUUAUUUAAUUCAAUGCCAGCUGCUGCCAGUCUGGUCCACGUGUCAUCAGCUGCAACCAGACUGACUAAUUCUCACACUAUGGGGAACUUCUCUCCUGGGGUUACAGGUGGAACAGUUGGAGGUAUUUUUAACCAUGCGGUGCCUUCUGCCUCCUCUCCUCAUCAAUUUGGAGCCAGUUUCAGCAGCAGUGCUGUCUCUAGCAGCACAGUGCUAAGCUUAAACCCUCUGCAGGCUGUUGCCAGCACCUCAUCCCCAUCCUUCCCAUCCCCCUCCUCUAAUUUAGUAACAUCUAGUGAGAAUAGAUCUGCUCAGCACCUCAACAGAGCGCCAGUGCAAUCUGUUUUUCAUUCCCCUCCACCUCCUCCUAACGUCUCGUUGCCCCCACCUCCUCCAUUACUUGCUUCUAACUCUGAGCCUGUGCUUCUGCAGAACCUGCCGUCCGUCCCACCUGGCGAAGCUUUUUUGCCAUCCUCUUCUGCUGCUUCUGUCCAAUCUGCUAAUGCUUCUUUGUCUAUUAAGCUAGCUUCUCUCCAGCACAAAACUUCCCGCCCCUCCUUUACAGUCCAUCACCCGCCUCUGCCCCGUUUGGCGCUGGCACAGACCGCGCCAAUGAUCACGCAGUCCAACGCAGCUGGCACGUCCGCUAUGUGGGUUACACUUGGCAUGCAGUCUCCUUAUGCUUCGCACCUUUCUGGGGUUAAGCCACGAUAAAGAGCUUGCUUAGCUAACAGUUCUUAUUUUGUAAGGUAAGGCUAGAGAAAAAAAAUCAGGAGUUUUGUACGAGAUGCUGAAUGAUGCUUCUUCCUUUGCAGAGAUAGGGUGGGAGUGGGCUCUGUGAAGCAGAGCUCUAAAAUGGGGGAAGUGAUCUUACGGCAGAGGAUGGAGAGCCUUAAUGCGUCUUGUUUGGGAGUCAGGAUUUCUCGACACGGAGUGCUCACUAUGGUAACUCUGGUCUGUCUCAUCUGACAUUAGGAUUAUGUUCAGGUCGAGAUCACUUCUUGAAAACGUUUUUUUGUGAUGAUCUGAAAUCAGGAGGAAAUGUCUAUUUUUUAAGUAUGUUUUUAUACGGUAUUGGAAGUGGUUGUUGCCUACUCUGAUUCCCCUUGCCCUCCGAUUCCCCUUCCCCUUGCCCUCCGACGCUAACUGUUGCAUCUCCCACAAGUCCAUGUUUCCAUAGCGUUAGGAUGCGUGAAGGUGCUGCUUUGUGACUGUAUGUGGCAAUGUGGUCUUGUUUUUGUAGUGUCAGUCAACAACAGCUGCUCUAAAUACUCAAAAAAAUUAAAUCUCCAGGUUACAAGCUGCAGCUUUGUCUUGGAAUGCAAACGCACUGGUCUUGCAUUGCAGUUAAUUUGUCCCUUGCUCCACUGCAAAAUGAAGGAGCAAAGGCAGUUAUAACUUGUGUCUGCCUGAUGUAAUCACAGGUAGCAAAGAAGAGUUAUGCUGAAUUGGAUAAGAACAAACCAGGGAGGCCUCAUCAUCUGUGCACUACAGCUUUACUGGACUUCCGGGAUAGGGCUAACAGCAACAGACUCCAUCAGAUGCUGUAUUUUUGCUUGCUUUGGCAAUCACUGACUUACUGCGUAGACUGUGAACGAGAAGAUAAGGAAUAUGCAGGGUUAACUGUAGUCUGUGUUUCCUAAGGGCAGAGGCAGUAUAAGAGAGGAAGAUCUCUGGAGAGUAUAUAUGUUUACCGAAGUAUUUAAAUGCCUUCCAGAGCAAUGACAGAAUAAAGUGUACCAGCACAGAGUUGGGUACUGUUGUUAUGAAAAUACUCUGUGGUGUUAUGGUGUAACUUGUGAUUGCAAAGUUAAAUGAGUAUGUUAGGCCCCAGAGCUUGCUCCGUGCUUUCUUGUAGGUCUUUGAUGUUGUUGCUGUUCAUUGAUACCAAAGUUGCAUACAAUAUAUGGUUGAAUGCUCUUUGCCGCUUAUAAAACAUUUGACUCAACUACAAUCUACCUGAGAGAUUCUUUUGACUGUGCAUUGUGUAUAGUGUUUUCAUCAUCAAACUGCUCCACAGACUUGAAAAAUCCUCACUUAGGCUUUUGUGAGGUAGGUAAGUAUUACCUUGAUGUUCAUUCAUUACCAGAAAGUGAGGCUAGUAACAGUUCAAUAAUGUGGCCCCUGUGCAUUAGCAGGGACUAAUGAUGUAAUGUGGAAUAGCAUGGUGGUUACUCAGUAGGUUUGAAGGACCCAGGAUAGAAAUAAGAGGUGGGGGGGGAGAUGGAGGUGGUUUAGGCUUCGGUUUUUGUAUGAGUAUGAUCAAAUGAGAACAGUGUGAAAGGCUUCUGUUGAAGCAGUUGCCUUACCUGAAAUUGGGGUUAUGUUAUGCUAGGCUCCAUACGAUCGUAGGUGAGGCUUCUGUCAGAAAAAGCUCCUGAGCAAGAUAGGCAAAGAACAAAAGUAAAGUGCAGAGAAGGGUAGCUGGAUGACGAAAACUAGACUGGAGCAAAGGAUGCCACCAGCAGAUGGUGUGUAACAUACAUGUACCACAGUUGUGGGUCCGGCUUAAUGUGGUUCUCAAACAUGGGUCAAAUAUUUCAGUGAUUUCAUUGACUUUGGUAUGAAUGCUUAUGCUCAAAGACCUUGCUAAACUGAGGUUGAAAUCUGGAAUUGGGGACUAAAAUAAUCUGCUUUGUUUCUCUUAAUGUUUCAGAAAGUGGGUGAUGAUCCUCCACUAAGGUAAUUAAAAAAAAAAAAAAAUCAAAGCAGAUCAGUUUGUGUUAGAAAAAAACUGAAGUACUGAAUACGAGAACAUUUUUGCUACUCUUUGAGGUCAGUCACAUGAGCUUGAUAUGAUUACACUGUCAGAACGCUAUAAAAAUGACAGUAGCCAGGAGGGGCUGCAUGUCACACUUGGAGGCGUCCUUCAUGUCUAAUUGUGGCUGGGUCAAGGAAAGAAUCGUUCCUUCUCCGCUGGCUAGCAGGUCUCAGAACAAUAAUAGAGAUGAUUGUCACAUCUAACACGUAAUAGAUUUUGCCUCUUAUUUAGAUGAGUCUCUUCCUCUCCUCCUGUUGUGCAGGUAACUAGGAUUUCUACCUCAACCCAAUGUGACCUAUGCAAGGACAACGUGGACCAACUUCACUCGGCUUCCACUGAAAGGUGCUCACCUGGCCUGUGCAGGGGUUUCUACUCUUACUACUGGACAAAAUAAAAACAUAAAAAGACCUAAACAACAGAAAAAAAACCAAUAUUUACUGUGAAUCGGAGUAAAAAAGAAAGGAAAAAAAAAGAGGCAAAAGAAAUGUUUAAAGCUCCAGUUUGUAUUGUUGAUAGUUUAGAUAAAGUAUUUAUCUUUUUUUAAAGUGAAAACAAUUUUGACUUAUUUUAUUCCACCCAGAGUCAUAAAUACAACUUAUUAAUAAAUUCUCUGAAUAAUAAAGAACUGGCACACCAGCAGAGAUAUAAAGAGCCUCCUCUCGGUGCUAUUUCAUCCGUCAGAACUGUGCCUCUAGUUUGAAUCCUUGGUGCUGAAUUUGGAGGGUUGACCAAUGCCAAACCCAGUUCUCAGAAAGGUCUGCAUUUUAUUUAUUCAACUUGCUCUGUUCAUAUACCAAAAUCCACUUGGUUUGCAGCAGUGUGAGCUAUAGAGAAUGGCAGUCUUUGAUUUAGUGCUUUGAUCUAAUCUGAACUGAGCCAGGUGCUCUGUUAACUGGGUGGUUUUUAACUGUGUUCAUUACAAACAAGAACUCAGUACUCCCCUCUGGAACGGAACGGCAGCUACGUUCCCUGGGUUGCCCCAGGGAAGCUUGGCCAAUUCAGGCACAGUUUGAACAGAAGAAAUCCAAGUCCUGCCCCAUUCAAACUACUUCACUGGGCCAUUUGCAGUUGCUGGUGGCACUCAAGUCACUGUGAAUUUUGGUAGCUAGUCUGGUAACUUUGUUUUGGGAUGUCAUUGGCAUAUGAACAGGGUGCAUAAUCACUGGUAUUGGUCAGGCCCUUUUUAACAACAUUGGAAAGACUGAAAAUAGUGCUUCUGUACUGGUGCAGGUAGCAUAUUUUCUCAGCUUGUUGUUUUUGUUCUAAGUACAAUGUAUUUUGUUAGUAGGGUUUUGAUACUUGAUUCAGAAAUGGCUUAGCCGUGUACAUUUAUUGACUAAGUGCAUUUUGCUUUUGUAUUUCUUUGCUUUAAGUAGGUCUAAAUGGUAGUUCACAAAAACACCACAAUCUAGCUUAACGUGCUGCCACACUAUCAGACUGGUGCAUUUAAUUGUAUUGUGACUUGGUGUUCUGUGUACAGAAAGUGCCGCUCGGAGCAGCGGCUGUAUUUUAUAGAGAUGUGAUGAAAAUUUAUAAAUUUCAUAUACUUUAUUUCAUUUAUUUUUAGAUUGUACAAUGCACAGUAAACUUGUAAAAACUUAUUUAUUCAAGUGCACAAAAUGUGGAGAAGGGUGAUCCAUUAUGUCGAAAUCACUUUGGUCCAUAGUUCAGACCGGACCAAGCACCGAUAAAGGAAGCUACAGUAAAAGAAGGGGAAUUGCAACAGCAAAAUGGCUAGAGUAAAAACACAUAUAGGCUUUGGGAAACACCUGCCUGCUAGCCCAGGCGCUCGAAGGGGCAGUAUUGAUGGCUCUGUGUCAGAGGCAUUCACUGUCCUUAAAUCCGUUCUAGGUUGCUAGUACCUCCUAAUAAGUCUCAGACCUCCAGCAGUCAGGCAUCACCUUGGGUUUGAGCCCUGCUUUAGCAGCCACCUGAUGGAGUUUCCCCCGUGGUCACAAAAAGCUGGGCUUAAUGAAUUAGUUGUUUAAUUCCUGCCUCUGCAGUCAAAGCAGACAAGAUACUUCUACCCUCGUGUGCUCUCUCCUGCUAUCUUUUCCGGAUUUGGGAGGCACGGCUGUGAAUGCAAUGCUGGUUGUGCUCAGAAGAGCGAUGGGGUAAGAGCAACUGGUGGGGUGCAUUAGCAACUCCUAUCCCUUACAGGCGUCAGUUGGGCCCCUUUCUUUACACCUCAUCUCUGGCAAUGUUGUUGAGACAAAGUGCAGUUAUUUUGUUGUUUCCUAAGUGUGUCUUCCAUAGGCAGUCUUUGUGUGCAGAAACGGUCAACCGAGCUUUGCCGCCUUGUUCAUUGAAAAGGGAAGGGAUUUAUAUCCCUGGAAAUGAGGGAUGUUUGGAGCUGUUUUCUGCUUUGCAUGUGGGAGAGGAGUUGACAGCGGUGCACCCUGUUGAGUUCUUAAUAGCAAGAUGGGACCCUGGAAAAGGGAAAGAUGCUCAGGGGGUGAGAGCUGAGAAACAUCCAGUAGCUUCUAGUAGAAGCCAUACGCAGUUUAUGUCCUGGAAUCCAGGAGGACUAUGUAACCCAGAUAUUAUUCAGCUGGGAGCUGGGCAACUCCAGCUUGAUCCAGAUCCUUGGGUAAGUUGCAGAGCUGCCUUAGCAUCCUUCCCAGCGAAAGGCAAAGUGCUCAGGUCUUUGGAAGGCUUUAAAAUGAUAGGUUGUGUAUGAGCAAUUGCUGGAAGGGCUGUAGCCUUAAUUACAUUUCUGUCCACUCCCCCCAUUUAUGUCCCUGAUGUGAGAGUAGGAGGAAAUACAAGAAGUAGCUCUUAAUCUGUCUGCUUUCACCUGAUCCCUUUCUGAAAAGGGACCAAGAUACAGUGCUCCUUAGAUCUUUUGUCCCCUCUUCAUCUCAAACCACUGAAGACAUCCAGCCAAGAGGGUUCAGUCACCAUAACGGCUUCUGUGCUGGGAGAUCUUGCCUGGGUUCAUCACCCAAGAUGCUUGCGGGACAAGA